CGUCGGUGCAUUGAAGAAGAUAAUAUUACUGGAUUUCUAUAUUGUAAUCGUGAAAGCAACGAAACCAGAAGGGACGACUAACUCGAAAAACAAAUCCCCUUACAAUGGCUGAAGUUAAAGAAAAUUGGAAAGACGAAAUCCGCGAAAAAUUCUCUCAAGUUUUUAAAGACAACCCUGAAGAUUUGGUCAAUAUAUUAUUCUUUCUUGACAAAGAAGACAAAGUGUGCCAAGACAACAUUGAAGCGCCACAUUGGAGAUCCCUAAAAGCUGUACUGAAGUCGGAUGAAGCUUUUCGAUUGUUUGCUUUGCGGUUUUCUGAAGAAAUUCGAGAAGCGACAAAUCCCCUUAGAAUGGCUGAAGCUGAAGAAAAUUGGAAAGACAAAAUUCGCAAAAAACUCUACCAAGUUUUUAAAGACAACCCUGAGGAAUUGGCCAAUAUAUUACUCUUUCUUGACAAAAAAGACAUAGCGUGCGAAGAAAACGUUAACGUGCAACAUUGGAGAUCCCUAAAAGCUGUACUAAAGGCGGAUGAAGCUUUUCGAUCGUUGGCUCUGCGGCUUUCUAAAGAGAUUCGGGAAGCGACAAGCCCCGUUACAAUGGCUGAAGCUAAAGAAAAUUGGAAAGACAAAAUCCGCGGAAAACUCUCUCUAGUUUUUAAAGACAACCCUGAAGAUUUGGUCAAUAUAUUAUUCUUUCUUGACCAAGAAGACAAAGCGUGCCAAGACGACGUUGACGCGCCACAUUGGAGUUCCUUAAAAACUGUACUGAAUGAGGAUGAAGCUUUUCGAUUGUUUUCUCUGCGGCUUUCUGAAGAAACUCGAAAAGCGGCAAAAUUGCCUGAAAUUAUCGCAGCUGACGAAAUUUGGAAAGACAAAAUCCGCGCAAAAAUCAUGCAAGUUUUAAAAGACAACCCUGAAAGUUACAUCAGAUUAGUCUUCUUUCUCAACGAAGAAGACAAAGCUUACAAACACAACAUUCAUCGCCCUUAUGCAUCGCAUUGGACAAUGCUGAAAGCUAAGCUGGAAUCUGAUGUGGAUUUUGAAAUGUGUGUUAAACAGCUUUUGCGCGAAGCAAGAGAAGCGGAAAUAGACCAAGGUUAUCGAACACGGCUAUAUCACUUUUAUGAAGAGAUGUUGGAGAAUUUCGAUAAAUUCUUUCUCAUAGAUAGCUCCCAGAAACUUGAUAGGAGUAAACGAUCGGAACUUUCAGCACCCUUCUUGUCACUCGUCAGUAAUUUGGAAAAGAUCUGGAAUGUCAUUCCUACUGAAUCAAAAGCCUCUGUAUUAAAUUCAAUAAAAGAAUUGGCAUCCAGGGGUAAUGUGCUGAUGUCUGCAAUCGACGAGUUCGCAAGUCUUGGGAGUAAAACGUGCGGAAAGGUAGCUAUGGUAAGUUUAGCAGGGGUCUACCUCGCUUAUACUGCCCAAAAUAACAUCACACGUUGGUGGAAGGGUGAAAUAUCAGGAAAGCGAUGCGUCAAAAAUGUUCUGGAUGCAACGUUCACAACUGGGGCAGGGAUGGCAGGCGGUAUUCUCGGAGGUUUUCUAUUAUGCGGUCCCAUUGGUGGUCUGGUAGGAGGUAUUCUUGGUGGGUUUGUCGGUGCCGCAGGGAUGGCUUAUAUCUCUGAUUAUUUGACACAGAAGCUGUUUGGAAUACCACAAGAUGUAGCUCUAGAAAAUGCUUACAGAUAUUUGGGUGUUGAAAUGACCGCUUCCAAUGCGGUGGUCAACAAAGCAUUCCAUCGGUUGUGUCUUCAGCAUCAUCCCGAUAAAGGAGGUAAGACAGAAGACUUCAUCAUUCUUCAGGCACACAUGGCAGUUAUAAAACUUGCAAGAGAGAAUAUAAAAAUCGCAAAGAAACUUACAACACAGAAUAGAAAAACGAAGGAACCUGAACCAAACAUUGUUAAAUGCCUUACAGGCAACCUUGAAUAGAAACUGUGAGAUGAAAACAUUUUUAGUCUAACUACAAAAGGUGAUUUUUUCAUAUAACCAAUUUGUUGUUGUUAUAUAAGCAAUUAUGCACGGGCAUCAUUUUGACAACAUUGUGAAACAAUGAACAAUGCUUGAUUAUUAGACACUUGACACUCGGAAACGGUGAAUAGUGAUUAGUCAUUAGUUGAAGUUAGUGUGAGAGGCAACAGCACGAGCCGAAGACACAGGCUCUGUUUCAGGUACAUGUUAUUUCCUUACUUAUUUGCUUUAGCUUGAAAUAGGCGACAAACCACAUGUUGUUUCAGUAUUCAAUGAAAAUUAUCUCUUUUAUAUAUUGUUA